AAAUGCUCUGCUGUUCAAAUGCAAAAAAAUAAAAAACAUCUCAAUCCCAAAAUGCAAUUAAAUUGUAAACUCAUCAAAUCUAAUAAGUAAUUUUGAAUAUUACCCUAGGAAGAAUCUCUUAACAUAAAUGAUGAAGCCUGCACAUUUCAUACUACAAUAUAAAUUCAGCAAAUUAACACUAUUUAGACCUACAAAAUUACUUUAGAUCACUAAACUAUCAGGUAUUGUUGUUAUUAAUUGAAAAUAGUAGGUCAAAUAGUCGUACAAAUAAUGAACACCUUGCCUAAACUGUCAUCGUCGAAUAAAUUAGAAAAACCCCAUUUUUUACUUACAAGAAAGGUGGAACCGACAUUUCAACCAAAUUCUUAUCAACUAAGUAAGGGUAUACUCUCCUAGUAACAGCUCUUUCAAAAUGAUCUCUUACUUAAGUUUUCCUAUAUUUGUGACUUUCAUUAAUG